AUGAAAGGAAAGAAGAAAAAAAGGGGAAAUAAAUUUAGAUUACUUCCUGUCUUCAAGUUUUCGGGAGAAUGCUUCAGUGUCAUAAAACUGAUUUUAACGAUUAUUGCCUAUACUGAAAGAGGGAAACGAGAAUGCAAGAGGCUAAUUAAAUUUAACAGCGUGGAGAUUAGACUGUUGACGGCUCAUAAAAAGGCUUACACAGAAUUAAUUUAUGUUGUCUAG